GCUGGCUCGGAAGUGUCUCCUCCCGCCUCAGAAACGCGGCGCACGCCCAGCAGCUUCGGAAAAACCUUAGGCGGUGGGAGGGAGGGGCGUGCGCCGCACCCCGCAAGCCCAGAGCUCCGUGCCCUAGCCGGCCGGCUUCUUCCCGUAGUGCCGGUGUGACGGCCGUCCCGGGUGAGCAGCCGAGUGCCGGCGUCCCCGCCACGAGCGCGCCACCGCAACUGGCUCCGCCCCCUGCCGGAACGGGCCGCGCGCUCCUGCGGCUCCGAGCAGAGUCGCGGGUGCGCGCGCCGGCGGCGGAUCCGCAGUUAAAAUGGUCCGAGCGGGACCCGGCCUUGCCCCCGCCGCUGCGCUGACUGACUGAGCCGGUUGGCCGGGCCCGGACUGGUCGCCUAGCCGGCAGGCUCGCUCGCUCCCUCCCUCGCAUCCCCAAAGCUCGCGCCCAUCGUUCUCCCGGCUUCCCUGGGCAAAGCAUGUAGCCCCCGUCGGGCACUCCGGCGGCCCGCAGCUGACGCCCACCCCCCACCGUCGCGUGUGUGCCCGUGUGUGCGUGUGUGUGCGCAGGGAGGGCGACCCCGCCGGGGGCCGAGCCAGCGAGCGGCCUGCCCCGCUGCCGGGAGCCCGCCUCUCUGGGUCUCCCUCCCUCCCGUCCCGGUCCCCCUCCUCGGGGCCUUCUAUAUGGGCCACCUUCUCUCGAAGGAGCCGCGUAACCGCCCGAGCCAGAAGAGGCCUCGCUGUUGCAGUUGGUGCCGCCGCCGGCGCCCUCUCCUCAGGCUGCCUCGCCGGACCCCAGCCAAGGUGCCCCCUCAGCCGGCGGCGCCCCGGAGCCGGGACUGCUUCUUCCGCGGGCCCUGCAUGCUCUGCUUCAUCGUGCACAGUCCCGGCGCGCCCGCCCCCGCCGGCCCAGAGGAGGAGCCGCCGCUCUCGCCGCCGCCGCGGGACGGGGCCUACGCUGCAGCCUCCUCCUCUCAGCACCUGGCGCGGCGCUACGCGGCCCUGGCCGCCGAGGACUGCGCCGCUGCUGCCCGCCGCUUCCUGGUAUCCUCGGCCGCCGCCGCCGCCGCCGCUGCCGCCUCGGCUUCGUCGCCCGCCUCCUGCUGCAAAGAGUUGGGGCUGGCUGCGGCCGCCGCCUGGGAGCAGCAGGGCCGAAGUCUCUUCCUGGCCAGCUUGGGGCCGGUGCGCUUCCUGGGGCCGCCCGCCGCCGUGCAGCUCUUCCGGGGGCCGACACCGUCACCGGCCGAGCCCCCUACGCCCCCCGAAAUGGUGUGCAAGCGGAAGGGGGCCGGGGUCCCCGCCUGCACCCCCUGCAAGCAGCCCCGCUGCGGCGGCGGGGGCUGCGGCGGCGGCGGCGGCGGCGGCGGCGGGGGAGGGCCUGCGGGGGGAGGCGCUUCGCCGCCCCGGCCCCCCGACGCCGGCUGCUGCCAGGCCCCGGAGCAGCCCCCGCAGCCGCUCUGCCCUCCGCCCUCUUCUCCCACCUCCGAAGGUGCCCCCACCGAAGCUGGCGGGGACGCUGUCCGAGCCGGGGGCACCGCCCCCUCGUCCGCCCAGCAGCAGCAUGAAUGUGGCGACGCGGACUGUCGGGAGCCCCCCGAAAACCCCUGCGACUGUCACAGGGAGCCGCCCCCCGAAACCCCAGACAUCAACCAGCUGCCGCCGUCCAUCCUGCUCAAGAUAUUUUCCAAUUUGUCACUGGAUGAGCGUUGCCUUUCCGCAUCAUUGGUUUGCAAGUACUGGCGUGACCUUUGUUUAGACUUCCAGUUUUGGAAGCAGCUGGAUCUUAGUAGUCGUCAGCAGGUCACUGAUGAAUUGUUGGAAAAAAUUGCAUCAAGAAGUCAGAAUAUAAUUGAAAUCAACAUUUCUGAUUGUCGCAGUAUGUCUGAUAAUGGCGUAUGUGUUUUAGCAUUUAAAUGUCCUGGACUUCUUAGGUAUACAGCCUACAGGUGUAAACAGCUUUCUGACACCUCUAUUAUUGCGGUUGCCUCUCACUGUCCUUUACUUCAGAAAGUGCAUGUAGGCAACCAGGACAAACUCACUGAUGAAGGACUCAAGCAGCUGGGCUCAAAAUGCAGAGAACUCAAAGAUAUUCAUUUCGGCCAGUGUUACAAGAUCUCAGAUGAAGGCAUGAUCGUCAUAGCUAAGGGCUGUCUGAAAUUACAAAGGAUAUACAUGCAGGAAAACAAAUUAGUGACAGAUCAGUCAGUGAAAGCAUUUGCUGAACACUGUCCUGAGCUUCAAUAUGUAGGCUUCAUGGGUUGUUCAGUCACUUCUAAAGGAGUCAUUCACCUAACCAAGCUAAGAAACCUUUCCAGCUUGGACCUACGUCAUAUCACUGAACUGGAUAAUGAAACCGUGAUGGAAAUUGUCAAGAGGUGCAAAAAUCUUAGCUCUCUCAAUCUCUGUCUGAACUGGAUCAUAAAUGACAGGUUAGAGGUAAACUGAUGCAGAACAUCCAAAUGGAGAUGUUCUUAUGCAUAUUUAGAAAUAUGGAGUGUGAGUGAGAGCUGGCAGUGUAAACUUCAAUGGUCAUAGUGAUGUUUUCACAGCCUGACCUGGGAAAUCAGAUACUUCUUUGUAUGGUAAGACCAUCAUUAUUACAUAGUUAAAUAAAAUGUCUGUCAAGAGGAAGUAAUAAUGAAGGCAAAGGUGUUUUGUAAAUCAUUGUUUACUGAAAGCCCACUGAAAUGCAGACAUUUUUGUACUUGCUAAUCAAAUCCAUUAGAAAAUAAAAUUUCUCUAAAAUAAUUUUUAAGGAGAAAAUACUAUUUACAUACUUUUUCAAUGUUUGUUAUACAUACAACAUAUUAUAUAGAGCAAAAUAUUAUUUAUUCCCUUAAAAAGAACACAUUUUCCUAAAUAGUGUUCAUUUUGGUUAAUGUCUAUUAAGAAGAGAGCAUUAGUGUAUUAAGUAAUUAGGGGUUUCUGUUCUUUUAUACAUAACACUAGUAACAAACACAGAUUUUGGUCUAUGGUGGUCAUUACUAUCUGUAAGAGAUAAUUUUGAUUUAACAGAGCUGUGUGAAUUCUUCACACUUUUGCAUUUCUUAAAAAGGACUUUCAGGCUGGGCACGGUGGCUCAUGCCUGUAAUCCCAACACUUUGGGAGGCUGAUGCGGGCGGAUCACCUGAGGUCAGGAGUUCGAGACCAGCCUGACCAACAUGGAGAAACCCCGUCUGUACUAAAAAUACAAAAUUAGCUGGGCGUGGUGGCACAUGCCUGUAAUCCCAGCUACUAGGGAGGCUGAGGCAGGAGAAUCGCUUGAACCUGGGAGGCGGAGGUUGCGACGAGCCGAGAUCAUGCCAUUGCACUCCAGCCUGGGCAACAAGAGUGAAACUCCGCCUAAAAAAAAAAAAUAGGACUUUCUUCAGUCAAGGUUAAUAUAAAAUAAUUCAUUUGGGAAGGACUCAUGGUUAUCCUCCUAGUAGAAUACUAAAUUGAAUAUGAUUGUACAUGCAAAUUUAUGUGUCAAUUACUCUUAAAUAAUUAAAAUGAGUUUAUACAAAUAAAACCCUGAAAUUUAGCCUUUACAUUUAUUGAGAUAAUUUUUAGAAAUUAUAAGAGAAAGCUAUAAGUUAUAAUGAAACCAUAAUUACUGUAGCCAUAUAAUAAUUAGCAUUCAUAAUUAUAACAAAUACUAUAAUAAUUAUUUUUUUCUUACUGAUCAAUCAGUGUUUGAAAUUUCCUCUGUAGUAAAGAUUUGUAUUUUGAUGAAAAAGUGGUCUCUUGCUGCUCUGAGAAUAUAAGGGAAUACACAGUGGUGAUUAGUUGGUAAGAAGUAAAUCCCACCCUGUUUUUUAUCCCCCAAUGGAAUGUUUUAUUAGAAUUUUCCUUCUAAGGUGUAGGUUCUCAUUAUUAAAACCAAUAAUGCCCAUGUAAGUUAUCUUUUCAUAGAAGCAUCCACCUCACUGCAAUUUUAAAUCAUUUAUAGUCAUCCUAUUAAUGAGGACUCUGGAGGUCUCUUCAUUUGUGAUUUUGGUAACUGAAUUGUUGGGCUGGUUGCAAAUUUUUCACAAAUCACUCUUAUAGCAAAAUAUUAUUACCAAACAGUCACAGAUUUAUUUAUAAGAGAAUUCAGAACUUCCACUGGUGAAUAGUCAAGGAAACACGUUUAUUAAGAUUCAUUAGAUGCUCAAGGAGCCUUUUAAUGUAACCAGGAAGUAAUAAUUUACUGGGGUUAGAAAUAACUUGAACAAAGAAGUUUGUGUCAGAAUAGAUAUAAAACAAGCAUAGAUUUAAACCUGCAAAUUGUUCCUAUUCCUGUUUGAAAUAUGUUAUUUAUUUCAGUAGCAGAGUUGAGAAUUGCUUAGAGAUGUAUAUGAAAACUAUGUUUCUUGAGUUUUGCUAUUUUUCUAAAAUUUGAAGGUUUAGAAAGACUUGAAAAAUUCAGAGCAAUGAAAAAAAUUACUUAUUCUAUCUUCCUUUUUCAGAAACAAAAUCUAAAUGAGAAAUAUAUUAAAAUGAGGACCAGAACUUCAAAGUCAGUCUUUUAGAUUAGGACACAAUAAUAUAGUGUUAUUAAUUGAACUUACAAGAGCUAUCCUAAUCUCAGCACACCUGGCUAAUGUGGUUGUGCCAUCUUUGAGCCCAUAAAUCUUAUGCCGUUAGAACACAAUUGACAGUCUAUAAAAGUUAAAAAAAUAAAGUAGGAUAUUAAAGCAGACAUUCUUUAACAUUUAUCAACCUAGAAGUUAAUAAAUGUUCUUUUAAGGCAGCAUUGGAAAAGAAUUGGUUUGAGAUAUUUUCAGCAUACAGAAAAGCUGUCUUUACAAAUGAGCUUGUUCUGGGUUUUUACAUUUUUACUACCCAAGUUAAAAUCUUGAAAAGAUACUUUUCGUUUUCUUUAUUCAUUUAAAUUGAAUUGUAUAUAAUAACAGCCCCUGACAUCUUAUUCAAAGGCGUAGUAAUCCUUCUAUUUAGAGGCAUGUCCUAAAAUUAUAUUACUAUAUCCAGAUACUUUUGAAUAUCAUUAUUAUUUUCCACUCCCACUCAGAGCUUCUUGAUUACUAAGAUUUGAGAUUUUCUGUUAAUUUUAAGGUUUAUGCGUCUUGGGUUAGAAUUUAGAGUUCGCAUGUGCAUAUGAAAGGGAGAUUUUUUUUUUCCUGUCAUUUCUUUCCUAAUCCAAGUCUCAGUUUUGACUUCACCAAACCUGUUUAAUGUUUUCUUUCUCUCCCACGAUAAAAAUUAUAUUUUAAAAGUAAAUUAUAUUUAUUAUUAUGUUCAUGGUUAUAUAAACGUGUAUGACAAAGUCUUAAAGGAAACAUUAAAAAUAAAAGCAGUUUAUGUAUGAUUAUUCUUCCUUUGAAACAAUUUUUUCUUUUAAAAUGCUCUUUUAAUAAAAGUCAUAAAAAAUGUAAUUGUUUAUAGAGACUUAUUGGAACUUGUAUAGAUUAUCACAUUGGUCACUUUUUAUUAGAUUAUUAAGUAAAUGUGGUUAAAAAAUGGGUUAUUUAGAUUAAAAAAAGAACUGCAGCAGCCUCUUGAAAAACCUUAUUUAAAAAUGGUAAUUUAACCAUUAUUUUAGAUGUAAAAGAUCUUAGUUUACCUGCCAAUAAUUUUUUUUAUUUAUUUUGAAAAUCUUUGUUCUAUUCAGGUUUUAGAAUUGAUUUUAGCAAUCUAUUAUGGUAAUGAAUUACUGCUAUAAGGAAUGCAAUUUGAUAUAUUCUCAGGAGUUAUGUAACUACCAUGACAUAUUUUUACUCAGUAAUUUUCAUCUCAGUAGAGACAUAUUUAAAUAAGUAAUGUUAUUCAAAAUGAUUCUUGAAGUCUUUUGACUCAUUUUCACUGUAUAGAAAAUAUUAAGGUUAAAUCUGCAAAGUGAUUGAAGCUAAAUGGGAGCCUACUUUGAUUCUAAAGGAAAAUGAUAUUCAAUUAGACAAUUUCAUACCUGUGAGACUUUUCAACAGAUAGUGGUAGGUUGUCUAUUUUAAGAGUGUAAAUCAGACUACAGAUGAAUUCCUUAGAAAUAUGUGUAUGCAACCCUGCUUGAAGAUGCAUUCCCUUAAUUUACAAUACUGUCAUCCUGUGAGUGACAACUAGUGAAUACAUUGCAUUGAUUUCAUAAUACUUGACAGCCUAUACAACUAUAGAACAAAUUGGUAAAAUCCCAGUUCUUGCAAAGACAGUGCUGAAAGAACCUUUCUUUUGGUUUCCUCAUUUUUAAUUCACGUUCUCCAUCAGGAUGCAAUAACAGUAGAUUGAUUGCUUACCAUCAAAAGAAAAUACUUAAAUUCAGAUUUUCCACUAAUGAUAGUCAAGACUGUUGAAUGAGUUUUUAAGUCAACCUAUUUGAUACAAUUCUCUGAGUAUGUAAUUCUCAGUCAUAAUUGGUAUAAAAUCUACCUAAAAAUCAUGUCAACCAAAAAAUCCCAUUUAAAUAGUUAGGGAAGUGAAUUCCUACAUACCAUGAACAUAAAUGUAGUAAUUGAGCUUGGUUGGGCUCGUUAUUUUGUUGCACAUAUUUAAAUAUCUAGUUGUUCCUGUUGAAGUUAUAUAUACUUUUGAAAAGUUUGUUUUCCUUACAGUAUAUUUCCUAUAGAAAUAUACAUGGGUAGCUGUACUCCCUGGUGUUUCCCAGUUGCUUUCUUUAGCUAGUGUUGAGUGAUCUAUAUCUCAUUAAAAUUUUAAACUUCUUGAAAUAAAAUUGUGCUGUAGAUCUUCACAUAAUUUUUAACUGUGUUUUGUAGACUCUUGUUGAAUUUGGUAUUUUAAUCAGCUAUCAUGACAAAUCAUCAGAAAUGUGUUUAGGAGAAGCUCUCUUGGUUGCUGUUUUUAUCAUAGAGUUUCUAUGUGCCCCAGGACAAGUUAUAAUAAGGUGACAAAUUAUUGUUGGUAUAUUAACCCUUUCACUUUUCAUCUGUUUUAUAACCUUCUUUUGUAAUGUAAUAGCAUUUUUGGUACUGAAACUGAGGUAGGCUAGUUGACUAAAAAAUCCCUAGUAGCACAACUGACUGGUCAUAUUAGAGAAAAUGAUGCCUCAAAUGAGGAACAUUGGCCUCCAUCACAGAUGGAAAUCCAGUGAAAACAAAAAAUAAUUACUGAAAGAUGGUAACAUUUUCUGAUAAAUUCAGGAUUAAAGACAAAUUCUUUUUUUUUUUUUUAAAGAUGGAGUCUUGCUCUGUUGCCCAGGCUGGAAUGCAGUGGCAUGAUCUCGGCUCACUGCAACCUCUGCCUCGCAUGUUCAAGCUAUUCUUGUGCUUCAGCCUCCCCAGUAGCUAGGAUUAUAGGCAUGCACCACCACGCCCAGCUAAUUUCUAUAUUUUUAGUAGAGACAUGGUUUCACCUUGUUGGCCAGCCUGGUCUCAAACUCCUGAACUCAAGUUAUCCACCUGCCACAGCCUCCCAAAGUGCUAGGGUUAUAGACAUGAGGCACUGCACCCAGUGAGAGAUUCUUAAUAAUUAACUGAUAUGUAGAGAAAACAAAAAAAGUAUUGUUUUAUGAAAAUGUACAACUCUGAUUUGAAAAUCCUACCAGGGGGUUAUUAUUCAAAGAUUUUGUCACUGUUUGGAUGGAUUUAUACAUAGCAUAUUAAAAAAUUAAUUCUUAAUUCAUGCUUGUUUUUUAUUAGAUUAAUUUCAUUGAAAGCUAUCGGCAUUUGGGAAGUUUUCUUUUAAUGUUUAAAAUUAUGCUUUCAAGUUUACAUCACAUUACCUAUAGAUUUUUUGAAGCAGAAUUUUAAAAAAUCUAUUAAAGAUUUUUUUAAUUGGAAACAAUACCAUGCUUCAGAAUUUCCCCCUUCCUAGCUCCUUCCAUGUCCUAAGCACUCUCUUUUCUCAUCAUCUUUUUAAUAAAAGCACCUCCUUUUCCCCAAGAAAACAACCAUUAUGUGUCGAUAAUCUUUGAAACCCAAAGUCCUGUCAGUUAUGCCAAUUUGACUGUGCAUUUUAUUUAUAUGAGUAAGAGAAGAGCACUAAUGGUAAUUUCAAAAAGGGAAUAAAAAAUGCAUAAGCCCCUUGUGCCAGCACAGCUUUUCUACACCAUUUUCUUUCUUACUAUGUUUUGAACAGGAUAAUGAUGGUGGUUUGAUGUUAAUCAUCAUUGUAGUUCUUGAGUAUCAGAAUUUAUCACUGUGGGCCCCAUCAUAGCCUUAAUUUCUACUAUAGUGAGGAUGAUAGGCAAUUUGAAAGCACUUCUACAAAGACAUAAGUGUUGGUGUCUUCCAAAUUUAUAAUUACUUUCUUAGACAAAACUGGCUUUAGAAAAUUUCAUAUGCAUAUCUUUCUCCUUAUUCUUGUUUGCACAAGCAAACUAAAAAACAAAACAUACACAUAAACAACAACAACAUCAAGUAUAAUAUACAGAAGCAAAGACAAGAUUGAAAUUGUAUUAGGAACCCAAGGGUUUCUGGUGACUUUAAAUGGAAAUUUUUUGAUGUUUAUAGUAGUAUUCAGUGAAUACUGAGAUUUUUUCUUUUAUUUUUGCUUUUACUUUUAGUUGACACGAUAUUUUCUUUUGACUCUCAAUGGCGUUUUUUUCUUCUUUUUUUUCUUUUUUGCUAAAUGUAUCUUUAGGUGAAUUAAAGAAUAGACUAAACCUUUUUAUCAAAAAUAUUGUGCUGUGAAAGCUUUUUAAAGUCAGUGAGCUUUGUCAUCUGACCCUUCUUUUAGAAAAUAGGCCUUUAGCUGACUCAUGUUAUAUAUGUAUGUAUAUAUAUAUAGAGAGAGAGAGAGAGACAGGCAGAGACAGAGAGAUAAUCUUAUAUAGCAUGAGUUGCUCCAAGAAUUAAUGAUAUAUACACACAUAUAUAAAAUAACCUAUGCCUGAUGGUAAAAAUAUAAACUGUCAAUUUCUUCUUUUAGGGUCUUAGCUAUCUAGAAUGUUAAUAAAAUCAUGUUUAAUCUGAAGUAAAUAUAGUCUGAUUUGAAUUGGAUGAAAUUUUUAGGUUUAUUUCACAGGCGAUUUUUUAAAAAAUGCUUAGUGGUUUAACAAAAGAAACUGAAUCUUAAAUGAAAAUAGAGGGAAGUGAGUGAACCUGAUCUAGUUUCACCUACAAGACCUCCAAAAUAGUUUCUAAGAAAAUGUGCCUUUGGACCGAUGUCUCAUAUGCCAGGUUCUAGCCUAGUGCCCAAUUUUUUUUUUGCCUGAUUUUUAAACUGAUCAAAUUAGAGGCUAAAUUAUGCUCUGUAUUUUAGUUAAGCCAUGUGCUAUUAGCAGGGCACCUUAGGACUAUCUCUAGUCUACAGCUGGCCAGAAACUACUUGCCUCUGCACCUCUUAUAACUGCACAUGAUUGCUCUAGAGGAAAUUCUCAAAAGCCCCAUUCCAUCAGAGCAAUCUAAAAUUAAGGAGUUGAGAAAUAGGAUUUUUCCACUUGUGGGCUUUUAGAAUUUUUGUUGACUCUUUGGGCCCUUUGGACUGUAAAGAAUAUACAGGUGUUAUGUUUCACUUGGUUACUUUAUCAGGAAAAUAGAAGGGCAUAUACGACUAAAAAUAGAUUUUCUGGUUCUUUUUGGGGUUUAGAUAAAUUUUGAAUGAUAAUUGAAUAUAAACACAAAUGAAUAUAAACACAAUAACUGGAUAUAAACACAUCCAGCUUAAAAAGGAUCAUCUCCUCCAACACAAAACUAUAACAUAGUUCUGGUAACACUAAUGAAGAGCAUAUGUAAAUAUCAACCCAAAUUACUAUUAACAUAUCCCACCCAAGCUACCACGUUCCAUCAAAACUAUCUGCCAUUUAUCAAAGAUCUAAAACAUUUCAUUAUCUACUCCUUCCUUGCCACCCUCCAUAGAAUACUCCUAUCGUUACUAAUACAUAAAAUACAAAUUCUAAAUAUCUCAUUUAGGUAGUUCUUAUUUCAGGAUAACCUAAAUUCUAGCUGAUACAAGUGUUAACCAUUUUGUUCAGUUUUGAUCGUGACCUACUUUUAUUGAUUCUUCUGGAACUCUUAAAAACUUUCAAUCCUUCCAAGUUUAUUUUUAUGUAGCUUUAUCUCAUCUUUCUGUAUAGUACAAGCAGAGAAAGCCCUAAUGUUUACUAUCCCUUACUUAUUUAUUUAAUUUUUACAGGUACAUAGUAGGUGUAUAUAUUUAUGGGGUACAUGAAAUAUUUUGAUAUAGGCGUAUAAUGUUUAAUAAUCACAUCAAGAUAAAUGGGGUAAGAUUGCUCAUUUAUGUUGCAUUACAUUUUAUUUUUAUAGUAUGUUGCUUAAAUUUGUAUGUCUUUGGUUUCAAGCAUUCUUUUUUUUUAAUAAAAUACAGAAUUUUGUAGUUUCUGGUACCUAGAUAACAAGGAGAAGUAGUGUUAGCCAGGUUUUCAAACUGUAGCCCUUUUCCUUGAACAACUAGUUAGAUAAUUUCAGGGAUGGUUUAGUUGAACAUGGAUUUUUAUAUUUAGGAUAUUGCCCUAGUCGUUUUCCUUUCUUGAAAAGGGGAUAUUUGAUUGCGGUUAAAUUGUGAAGUUGUAAAGCUGUGUUAGCUAAAUUUUUUACUAUGUCAGCAAGCAGAAUAUUGUUUGCACUUCUUUGCUUUUUAAAUGCUGCUCAGGGAGCUGCGUAAGUUAUAAUUGAUGCACAGAAGAGAUUUCAAAUUUUAUAUGCCUAUAAAUUGGCAUUGCUACAUAGACUAGAAAGAUGAGAUUGGAGAAGUUAUUUUCCCGUGAGAAUGAUACAAAUUACUGUCAAACUGUUUAUGCUUGCUGUAAAAAUAUUUUCAAUGUACAGGUAUUUGCUUACUAUCUGGGUAGCACUCUUAUUAAAGUGGAAUAACAUUUUGAGCCAAAAUGAAAUGUUUUCAGUACUAUUGCAUAUUGUAGUAGUCUGGUUUAGUCAUUCCUGGGCUUAAAUGCCUGUAAUUAUGUUUGUUCUUUAAAAUUCUUGAAUUUGCUUAAGUUUGGAGUUUUAGAAUUUUAAGUAAUUAUAAACACUAUAGUGUUAUAACAGCCUGGCCUCCUUAUUUUACAUAUGAAGAAACUGAGGCCCAGAAGUGUUAAAAAAUAUGCCAAGGUCAAAGGCCUAGAAAUUUGCAUGAAUGGAAUUAAAAUAAGUUUUCCUGCAUCACUCUGGUUCUUUUUUUUAACAUAUUUCAUAUCUUAUGAAAUUGCCAUGCUUAAUAUAUAUUCAUUUCAGGAAUAUAAAUGCCUUUUCUUCUUCCAGUUUACAUUUAACCUCCAGAUGACCUGAAAUUUGCAAUGUUUAAGAUGAAUUUGUAGGACUCAUUUGGUGAAGUUGGCCAAAACUUUAAAAGCAUAGACUAAAUUAGGCAUUAGCAAAUAUGCUUCUCUUAUUUUGUUAAGACAGUUUACUAAUGUCAACAACAGGAGUGUGAAGUGAUCCUUUACCCUAAAUAAACUGCCAGUCACUGACUCAAACUUAUUGUAUCUUUAAUACAUUUUCAAAAAGAAUGCUGGUUGGUAGGUGAUCUUUAGUUGGGAUCAAGAGAAGAACUCUCAGCCGUAGGUUCCGUGGGAAUUAAAAUUCUUCAUUUUGUUAGUGGUGUCUUAUGUUUUCCAUAUGAAAGUACUGAUUUUGACAGAUCAUUUAGGAAUGUUAAGUUUUUGUUUUACUUUCCCAUUACUCAAUAGCAGAAUCUAGGAGAUCUCAUAUUUUGCAGUGAUUUUUUUUUGUGUGUGCUCCAUUGGUUUAUAGACAAGAACACAGAAAUAGGGAGUAUCAGCUAAUGAAAGGUGACAAUGAGACGACAGUUUGAGGUAUGCUGAAAUAAGAUGAAACUAAAGUUUGCUUUCAUUCAGAUUGCUGUUUUUUUUCUUUCAUCCUAGAACGUAAGCUCUAAGGAAAAGACUCGGUGAUAUCUUUACUAAAGAUUUAGUAACAUGAAAACACUAGAAAAUAAUUUGUUUAUAUUAAAGCUUUCAAAUGGAAAUAUCAACAUAGUAGCUGAAUAUAUUUCAGUGCCCACAGUGACAUUUAUUUUAAGAUUUGUUUUUAGGAAUUGGCUUGCACACAUGAUUGCUGAUCUUUGGGUAGUUUCUCUCAAUUAUUUUAAGAGUUGCUCGAUCUUGCUUUCAAGAGCUUUGCCUGUGUUGGGGGCAAAGAAAAGGUGGGAAGAGGGAAACUGACAGUCUAAUGCACUUCUUUCAGGAUAAAACUGUAUUGAAAAUAGAGAUAUUUGAGCAAUUCUUGGGGAAUCUUAACUUUCCUGUAAAUGGUUUUGCCAAAACUGUGUAGUGGCAAUUAAAAAAAGCAAAAGACAAAAAACUUACCCAAGCACAUGCACAACCACCAUCACACAACAAGAAAAAGAAAAACUUUUCCUAAAAGAUCUAGUAUGGAGAAGUAGGAGAUUUUAUAUGCAGCCAAAGAAUAAAAAGUAAAAAUCACACUAGAACCUGAGAAAUAAUGCCUGUAUCACUCAGCCCUAGCCUUUGGCCACAGAUUAAGGUCGUGUGUUGGCGGUAUUAGAAGCAGAUGCUCUUAUAAACUAAAUGUUAGGCUAAUGAGUGCGAUAGCGCUGCCAGUAAUCAGAGGUGACUGCGAGGAACAUGUUGUUUUCUUGCACAUGCUUUUCUGAAAUGCUCUAGGAAUGAGCGCAUACUAUAGGAAGAGGCAGAGGCAGUGCUGUCUGGGCAGUUCCUCGUGGGCAUUUUCUGUAAAGCUUUUUGCAGAUAAAUAAUUCAGUAGACAAUAUUAAGAGUCAUUUGCAUUUGCCUCCCUGACUUUGAGUAUAUGUUACUCAAUGUCUUGCUUUUGUGUGAAUACACAAUUGGCAUUCGUUUUACAUUUCUGUAAUGUUGGUUUUCUAAUUAUACUCCAUUUCUCUCUAGAGAUUAUUUCUGUUUCUUUCCUGCUGUAUGCAUUCACCUCCCAUUCAUGGUAAAAUAAGUUACCAUAAAACAUAAGUCCAUAUUUUAAGGGAAAUUCAUAAAUGUAUUUAUUAAAAGAUUGUAAAUUAUCUUUACAUUUUGUAACAAUAUACUUAAUUUGUGAUAUUUUCACAAAAAAUUAAAAUGUAUUUCUUUAUGAAGUAUAGCACUGUGGUUAAGAACAUGAAAUCAAGAGCCAGACCCUGAAUUUGAAUCCUGGCUUUGUUAUGUAUUAGCUAUGUGACCUAACAGCAUGUUAUUUAAUAUCUGUAUGCCUGAGCUUUUUCAUGUUUAAAAUGGAGACUAUCCCAUCUACUUUGUAGGAUUCUUGUGAGAAUCAAAUAUAUGUGCAUUGUACUUAGUACUUCAUAAAUUAUAUAAAAACUAUAUAUUUUAAUAUUAUGAUAUAUAUAGUACCUAGUAUAGUACCUGGUACAUAAUAAGCCCUUUUCAAAAUGUGGUUUAUAACUUAGAGAAUAAUAUUUCAUUGCCUUUCAAAGAUGUUUUUAAUAUUUAUUAAUUUGAUUCCAUCUGUUUUCUAGUGCCUAGAAUUAGUCUUUCAAAUAAAAGCAAAAUUUUGGGGUUGGAAUAGAUGUUAAAAAUACAGAGUAACAAAGUAUCUCUUGUCAUCCUCUUUAAAAAUAAGAUAAAGAAAACUUUUAAAUUGUAAAUAUAUUUUUGGGCCGAGCGCGGUGGCUCACGCCUGUAAUCCCAGCGCUUUGGAAGGCCGAGGCAGGCGGAUCACAAGGUCAGGAGAUCGAGACCAUCCUGGCUAACACAGUGAAACCCCCUCUCUACUAAAAAUACAAAAAAAUUAGCCGGGCGUGGUGGCGGGUGCCUGUAGUCCCAGCUACUCAGGAGGCUGAGGCAGGAGAAUGGCGUGACCCCUGGAGACGGAGCUUGCAGUGAGCCGAGACCGUGCCACUGCACUCCAGCCUGGGCGAGAGCGAGACUCUGUCUCAAAAAAAAAAAAAAAUUGUAAAUAUAUUUUUGUAUCAAUUAGAUUUAUGUAGCAUUUUCCUUCCAUAUAAUAAACAGUUAUAUUAAAAUAUGCAUGGACUCAUUCUGUAUAACUUAGAAAGAUUUUCUUCCUUGCUUUACAUUUUUGUCAAGACUUUGUGUGUAGAGCAUAUAAAUGUGUGCUUCCUAUUUGUUGUCAUUUAUGUAUUCCAUUGCCAAAAAACAUUAACAAGAUUUUCUUUCUUUUUUUUUUGAGAUGGAGUCUUGCUCUGUCGCCAGUCUGGAGGGCAGUGGCAUGAUCUCUGCUCACUGCAACCUCUGUCCGCUGGGUUCAAGUGAUUCUCCUGCCUCAGCCUCCCGAGUAGCUGGGACUAUGGGCAUGCGCCACCGUGCCCAGCUAAUUUUUGUAUUUUCAAUAGACACAGGAUUUCACCAUGUUGGCCAGGAUGGUCUUGACCUCUUGACCUUAUGAUCUGCCCAUCUCAGCCUCCCAAAGUGUUGGGAUUGCAGGCAUGAGCCACUGCACUCGGCCAAAAAGAUUUUCUUAACGGUAUAGCCUGUUUACUUAGAAAUUAUUUAACGGUGAAGGACUGAAUCUCAAAUUCCUGUAUUCUUCUGAGCUUUUAAACUUUGUUCUGUUUUUGGUUCUUUUUUUAUAAAAAAAAUACAUAUUGUGAUUAAGGAUAGGCAUUCAUUCAUUCAAUCAGUAUUUGAGUGCUUCCAGGCACUAUUCUAGGCACUAAGGAUACAUCAGUGAAACAAGUAUUUAUUUAGAGACAGAGUCUUGCUCUGCCUCCUCGCUGUCUGCAACCUCGAACUCCUGGGCUCAAAGGAUCCUCCUGCCUCAGCCUUCUGAGUAGCUACGACUACAGGCACAUGCCACCAGGCCUGGCUGAUUUUUAUGUUUUUUUGUAGAGGUAAGAGUCUUACUAUGUUGACCAGGCCGGUCUCAAACUCCUGGCCUCAAGUGAUCCUCCUGCCUCCACCUCCCAAAGCACUGAGAUUAUUCAUGUGAGCCACUGCACCCAGCCCCAGUGAAACUUUUAGAUCAAACUAUAAACUCAUAAUUGUAUCAAUUAAAUUUUUCUCAAUGAUAUAGGAACUUCAUGGUCUUAAUUGUUGAUAGCAUCCAAGUACACAUUCAGUAAACAGAGCUUUUCUGUAUCUGUGUCAUGCAGUUAAAAUGGUUUUUUAUUGUUUUCUAUGAAAUAUCUUAGUUAUAUAAUGGUCAAACUGAAACAUCAUCUCUUACAAAGGUGAGAUUAAACACAAUAGAAUUAUUUACAGAACUUCCAUCUUAUAAGCCACUUUUUCAUUAAAUUUGGAUAAUAAGUGGUGCUUUGCUACCUGAUUUAAACUAGUUUUAUUUAGGCUAUGAAUCAACCUCUUUGUUCCAAAACACUGGAAUAGGGGAAUGUUUUGCAUUUCCCCUUCCCCACGAGAGUUUGUUUUCCUCUAAGUCACAUUAAGAUGCUGUUCUCAAGCCAGUUUCAUUUCACCUAGUGCCUAGUUUUUGGAGUGGGAAUGAAGGUAGGCAAAAGUUAAUUGUAGACCAACACAAAGAGCACAAGUGCAGCAUGUAUUUGCAAUAAUAAUGAAUGCACACUAUGAAGCAAGUCUAAUGCCAGGGCCUGAUCAAGCAGUGCUUUGGAGCCAAUGGGUGACCCAUCAGAUACCACUGGUUGUGGGCCACCUUCUUUAUUUCCUGAAGUUCUGUAACAUGGAAAUUCAGUCACAGGUUAAUCUUUACUAAAUUUUGUUCUACAGAAUUAUUUAAAAUCAUAGGGAAAUGAUCAGGAAUUGCUAUUGUUAUAAUAUAGUGGGAUUAAAUAGGUUCAAAAUGAGUAGAUUGUGUAUUCUCCUUACAUAGAACCUUGUGCAAAAUGUCUAAUUAAAGUAACAAGUUACUAUACAGCUAAUUCCUCCUCAUUAGAGUAUCAGAUGUUCUUAUUUAAUUUUCUGACAAAAAUAUGAAUGCUGCAAUUUCAUUGGUGCUUAAGGCCUAUAUUCCAGAACUUUCUUCAUUGAGUUUUAGAGAAAGAGAAAUAUAUUCUUUCUGAAGUUGAGGGUCCUGAUUUUCUGUUAACAAUGGGCCCUAUUAUGCUGCUUCCAACUGAGCAAGGCUAGGAAGAACUUCACAGCUGGCUGGGCACCUGACAUGCCCAAGGCAGGUACUCUGACCUGCUCAUAUAGCCCUGGUUCCUCCUGGGGAGAAUAGCAGUUUCCAUUCCCUGAAGUGCCUAAUUUAUUCCAGGCUAUGAAUAGAACGAGCUUGUUGAUUUGGGACUAGUGGCAUUCCCCUUGCACAACCUCAGGACAUGAUUAUCCAUGCCAGGGUCAGGCAGGAGCUUCCCAUCUGACCCUGUGCAGUCCUCACCCUGAGCACUUAACAAGAGUAAUAAGAGGCUAUUGGAAUGUCACAUUCUCUUGAAUUUAUUUAUAUUUUUAAUAAGAUACUGGCAUCCUCUUUUGCCUUUAUCUAAGCUUGACUUUCUAGAAACUUGAUUACAAAAAGUCUAUUAACUCAAUGAGUUGUUAGAUGAAAUAUAUUAAUACAUGAAUCAGGAAAAUCAUAGUCCUAGAAUAUUUCCUUUUAGAACACAUGUGUUUUUUGAGUUCGUAAAAUAUUCAGAGCACUGCAUUAGGUUCUAUCAGUGACACAGAAAUAAAACAGGAAAUAAUGGUCCUGCUCCUGAGGCAAGACAAUAACUAGAGACAUAGAGAAAUUCAACAACAAGUAGAAGGACGCAUAUUAGUGAAUAAAAUUGUGAGUACAGUGGUAUAACCAAACACUUACGUUUUAUUAAAACACAAAGGACAAAUAACAGAGAGAGGGUGAUUAGGAAAGGCUUCUUGUAGGUAGCAAAUUAUACUAAAUCUUGGCAUGUUUAAAUAGGGCUCAAAAGAAUGAAAGGCUCACUGUCAUGAGUAGUUUUUGCUAGGUAGGGAAAACUGGUAUCUUCAUACCUGGGGUGACUACUUUGUGGUUUCUCAGUAAAUUUUUUUAAUUGAAUCAAUUUUCCCCCUAGAGGAAGAAGGACUAAGGCCUCUGACACUGUCAGAAGAAUCAUCCCAAGCACCUCAGGUCCUAAUGUCCUUUAGGCACAUGGAUUUGUGACCAGAAUAGAAGGGACAUAUAUUAAAAUUAAGAUAUUUGGAACUUGACUGUAUUUUGUCAUUUAAUUAUAGAAAUGGGUAGGAAAAGAUAGGAGGAGACAUUUAUCAUUUACUACUGGCCAAUUUAAAAAAAAGAAAAGAAAAGUUGAGGAAAUAAGAUAGUAAGAUGGACAUUUCUGAUGGAGUUUCUAAGGGAGAAUUAGACAAAGAAGGAAAUGGUCAAAUUAUAAGUUAGACUUUAAAAAAAUAGAGUAAUGACUUAAUUUGGGUACUAUGCCAAGUAUUUUUCAAAGAUUUUAAAAUAUCUGGAAAAUACUCCAUGUUGUUCCAGUCUUAGUGGGUAUGGCAGCUAUGUAAAGCAAAUAAUUGCAGCAAUUUGAAAUGAGUGCCUUUUGCAUAUAUGAAUAAAAUGUGGUGAACUAAGCCAGAAAAAAAAGGAAAUAUGUAAAGGAUAGGAGAGGCUUCCCAGAGGAGGUGGCAUCUCAUUUGAAUCUUCAUGGAUGAGUUAGGAGUUUUUUGGGAGAAGAGAAUAUAGUAAGGGUGUUCUAGGGAAAAUCACAUGUGUAAAAUAGAUCUGAAGGAUCACUGUGUGUACUUGGAAGUGCGAGAAGUUGGAUGUGUCCAGAACAUAGCAUAAGCCUGGAGGUGAUAGUGAGAGAGGGGUCUAGAGAGGUAAGUAGGAGUCAGAGCAUGAAGGACUAUGGAUAUUAUGCCAAGAAUUUAGAAUAUUAUAUGUAGAUGAUGGGGAAACAUUGACUUACACUAAAAAACAAAAUUAAAAACACCUGCAUACAAUGGACUACAGAGGAAGAUCAUAAGAAGGACAGUCUACCAGAGAAGAUUGCAAAGGUCCAGGGAAACAAAUUAUGCCGUCCUAAAUGUCAGUAGUGAAAACCAAAAUGGAAAGGAAAGGAUGAACUUAAGUGUGAUCAAGGAUGUGUUGCAAAAGAUCUUACCCAUGUGGAGGCUGAGGGAGAUGAGGGACUCUAGAAUUUUCUCAAGUUUUUAGCUUGAGCACCUGGGUAGAUGGGAUACUGUAACAGAACUGUGGAAAGUUGCGGCACAAACAACUUUUGGAUGGAAAAGAAUGGACCCAGUUUUGAACAUGUUGAAUUUGAAGUUAUUGUAGGUCCACCAGGCAGGGAUGUCCCUUACUCAGUUGGGUUUGAAUCUGAAGAUGGAAGUCAGGGCUGGAGAUAAGGAUUUUGGAAUCAUCCAGGAUAUAGGUUAUAGUGAAAAUCUUACAUAUGCAUGGAGUUUUAAGAAGAGAACAGACUCAAGUGUUAUACUUAGGAAAGCACAAACAGUGGCUUUGGACACUGGGAAUACAUGAAAAAAUCCUGAGGUAGAACUAUGCCAUAUCAUUAAGUUAGCCCACCUGCCAGGUAUUAUGUGGUAAUGCCAAAUAAUGGAAACUUCAACCUCCCUCCAUCUCCUGCUUUUUUCAUUCCUUACGGUUUCUAGUAUGCUGACAAAGAAGAAUACUUGAAGGAGUUUUUUCUCAGCUAUCUAAUGUAGGGCUUCCCAAACUGUGCUUUCUAGAGCAUCCCUGGCAGUUCUGCAAGAUGUUAAUAAGCAUCCGUGAACUCCUGUGUCAAAAACUGAAAUAUGAAACAUUUCUUAAUUGCAGGCCUUCUCAAAACCUUUAUAAUAUAGGCCAGGGAUUUCCGAGAGGGGGUGUAGUUAGUAGCUCCUUCUUGAGCUUUUUUUCCCCCCAAACCACAGACCCCUUUUCCUCAUGGACUACCUAUUAAGACCUCAACGUUUUUUGAAAAAUACUCAUCUUUUGAUUGGAGAAAUUAAUGUCAUCUUCAUAGUCAUUUGGGAUUUUAAUCUUUGAGGGUCUUUUGUACGUGAAAGGCAUACUCAUAGUUACUGUGUUGUAAUUAACAUUUUUAAAAAUUUUAAAUUAUAAAGCCAAGUUUUCAUAAGCCUUUAAGCUCAAUUUAUAAAUCUUAUUUUAUUCAUAAAUCUAGUAAUUUGGGGUUAUAUUUAAAGCACUCUUUUUCAUUUGUUCCUUAAUUAGCAAUCAGCUUAUACGUUUGACAGACUAAAUUCUAUUAAACAUUUCACAUCAUUUUCAAACUUGAUUAAUUGCAUUCCUUUAGACUUUUCAAAUUGUAACCCCCAAUAUGCUUAAUUUUCCCAAGCACUCUCAAUCUCUGGGAAGGCAGCCUUACAAAUCUAAUGCAAGUCUUCCUGAGCACUUAAACACCACUUUCACAUGAAAGCCAAAUGUAUGCAUUAGUCAAUCAGUUUUUAAACACUGCAUAUAAACUUAGUCAAUCAAACUGUCCUUAAGUAUUUAAAAUUAAAAUGUCAAGAUUACUACUAGUGAAUCGCUUUAAAUAUUUUAAAUAAAAACUACAAGCCUUAAGUUGAUUUCCCAAUGUGUCAGAUUCUCUUAAACGUUUCAUACACUUGAAAUAACAAAUGAAAUAUCCGCAGCCCUAACAAAAUUAUGAAAAUUAUUUUCACCAAUUUUUUUUUUUAAUGUAUUCUCUCCCCUUUUCUGAUUGUAGAGUCACCUACCUGUAGAGCAGAGAAUUACCCUCUCAGUCCUGCUAAAGCUGAGGAUACAAGGCUGCUGGCCAGAUUGGGAAUUAAAUACCUGGGUGUUAAUCCCAGGAUGGAUCUAUCUGAGCUGUUUUUUUGAGUGAUAAGAAAUUUUUGUGCACGUAAUUUCUUUUGAAAACGGUAUUAUUCAUCUAUCAUCCCAUUCUUUAUCUUAUUAACUUGUUUUAUUAUUAUUAUUUUAUUAUUAUUAUUAUUAUUUUUGAGACAGAGUCUUGUUCUGUCGCCAGACCGGAGUGCAGUGGUGUGAUCUCGGCUCACUGCAACCUCUGCCUCCCAGGUUCAAGCGAUUCUCCUGCCUCAGUCUUCUGAGUAGCUGGGACUACAGGCACAUGCCACCACGCCCAGCUAAUUUUUUUUUUUUUUUUGUAUUUUUAGUAGAGACAGGGUUUCACCAUGUUGGCCAGGACAGUCUUGAUCUCUUGACCUCAUGAUCCACCCUCCUUGGCCUCCCAAAGUGCUGGGAUUACAGGUGUGAGCCACUGCACAUGACCCUGUUUUAUUAUUUUUAAUUGCCCGAUUUGAAUUAAUAAUAUUCACUACCCUCCCAUGGAUUGCAUAUUAACCUCUUAACUACCUAACUUGAUUCUCCACCUGCUUUAUAUUUUGUUGUUCUUUCUCCUAGACCACUAUUCUUUAGUAAUUUUAUGUAUAUAAGGCAGAGAAACCCUUAACUAUGCUCCUUAUUAUAUGCUUUCUUAACUUUAGUGUUUUUCUUGUUUCUGUUUUCUUUUUUGUUUACUACAUUCUUUCUAUGGGGAUUUUGUUCACUGUCAGUCACCUUUAUUUCAAAAUUUUUGUUAGAUCUUUUCAUCUUUUUUCAGGCCAUGACUUAUUCAGUAAAAUUUCCAAGCCAGUGGUUAUUUAGCUUAAAAACAAACAAAAACAGUCAUGGAAGGUGGUCAGCCUGUUAUGUUAUUUACUUUCAGUGUGAUUUUGGACAAGCUCAUUUUAAUCUCUUUGAGCCUUGACUGCCUCAGCUUUUAAACUAGAUGAAUAUCUUACCUGUCUGCAGGCAGGGGGCCAGAUGAGAAGAUAUCUUGGGGCCUUCUCUUUGAUCUCUGAUAGCUCUAAUUCUUACUGCUUUUCAUCUUGCUCAGUUGCUCUUUACUGACAUGGUGUGUGUAUGUGGGUCAUUUUGUAGAACUACUCAGAGAAAUAACUUUUUCAACCUUUAAUUAGUUGUAAAUAUUUAAAAACUGGGAGAUUUUACUCUUCUUCUUUUUUUCUUAAAGAUGGAAAGAUGUGAAAAUACUGUGUCUGCAUUUCUCCUUUCCCCCAGCAGCUUGAGCUGAGUGUUGACGACCAUUUCUAUCUAGUGUCCUGUCCUUUUCAAUUUGCCUCAGUGCCUACCUCACCAAUUUUGUAAUGAAUUGAGCCAAUGAGAUUUACAUAGAAACAGUUAGUGUAAAAAAUAAGGUCGGUUCUAGAAUUUAAGGACUAAGUUUAUAUAUAUGAUAGCGUGAGCUUUUUAAAAAAAAAUUUUAAAUACUAUAAUUUUUUUUUGUAUCAGCUUCAACCUACAUACAUACUCAAUUCUCAUAUUUUAAAAACUGACUUAGGCUUAAAAAUAUAGUGAAUAAGGCCCAUGCUUCUCCUGUUUCUCUUUUUUUCCUCCUAGUUUGAACAUUCUGAUUUUCCUCUGGGUACUAGGAAGAGGUGAAUACUUUUGUUUGCCUUACUUGAGUACUUACUGUUCUAGCAGUUUAUUGCACUUGGACAAUAGACACCUUCCUAUAUUUCCUAAUAAUCAUUCCUCAGGUUUUCUUUAAAUACGUCUUGAAUUUGCCCAAUUGUCAGGUAAUUGAUGCAGUCAUUUAAAAAAUUGCUUGGGGAUUAUGAUCUUGUAUACACUUAAAAGAGUGCACACCAUUUUGAAAUCACUACAUUUUUUGGACUACAUUUCUGUAUAGGAUUAGAGACACUGUUAAUAUUCCAGAUAAGAAAUCUGCAACAUGUUUGUCAUUUACCUUGUUUCUCUGGACUUAGGACAUGAAAUUCUAUCCAGCAGCUUGAGAGCAAUAUUAAAAAAUGAUGUAGCCUCACAAGCCAAUGAUAAAUAUGUUCACCCUAAGAAUUUAAAUGUGGUGAAUAGAUGCAGUAGUGUGAUUGGCAUUCAGUGGCCUAUCUCUAAUUCUCUUUACAGGCAUUGAAAAGCCAACCAAGCUUGAAGCAUUUUCAAUGUGCCAAGCAUUUGUGUGCUCCACUCAGUAUCAGGGUAAAUUUUGCCCAUUUGAAUGUCUUUCUGAUAUACAUAGUUUGAAAAACAAAUGUCCACAAAUAAGAAUAUAAAAGUCACUUAGUAUCCUACACCAUCACAAACAAAGAAUGUGGGGCUACUGAACACACAACAACUUUAUUUCUCAUUAUUGGCUAUAAAAUUAUUUUCUUGCCUAAUUUGUUUGAAUCAGACAUUUAUUGAUGUAUACCUAAUUGUCUUUCAUUAACAAUAACACUCAAUUAAUAUAAAUGAUGAUUUAUGCUUGAUGUCAUACUGAAUUUAUAAUAAUUUGGAAACAAGAGACAACUUAUAGGGAAUUGAAUGGAAUAAACUCACUAAGAUACAAAUCAGAAGUACUUUAAGAGUAAGCAAAUGGUUACUAUGCAUAAUAAAUAAACAAUUGUAAAGUUCUGGGAACUGGAUUAUGUAAAAUAUGUACAUGUUAUGUUCGUACAAUGGAGUAUAAACUCUUCGGGAGGGGUACUUUCUUGUUUAUUUAUUACAGAAUGAUAAUGAAGAUUAGCUUCAUGACCUUCAUAUACAGCACUGCUGUGUAAUGCAAAUAGUCUUUUUGUAUAACUGAAAGAGACAUACAAAGGAUUAUUCUGUUUAAAUGACUCAAAAUUAAUAAUUAUACAUUUGUUCUACGUGUAAAAGUUCUAAAAAUAGAAGAAACUGAAAUGGAUAUUUCUUAAUUAAUUAUGCCUUAAUUCUGAUGCACAUUUUCUUUUGAAAAGCCAAUUUUCUGAAGAACAGUUACACACAGCUUCAUUCCUGGCAUGACUAUUUCAAGUGUAGUGUUUAGGGAUUAUGUCAGAUUAGAUGGAUAUAUGGUAUAGAAUGAUUCUGGGGACAGACUUUCCAGAUUAACAAGAAAAGAGAAUUUUAAAAUACCUAAAUUUAAGUAUUUUACCAAUUUAGGUAUACCUAAAAUUGGACAUUUUUAAUCUGAGGAGUGUUUAGUUCAAUGGGGACAUUUCUCAGAGAGAUUUACUACUUUUUAAUGGUGCCUCUGAGAGUCCCUCAGUAGCUGUCCUCCGUCGGAGAACAUCUCAGAAUUACUUUUUUUCUGUCCACUUGCCCAUAUUUUUCAUUUACUUUACUGGAUUUGCUCACAUUUAUUACCCCCAUUCAUAUUUCCUUCCAUUCUUGAUACACUGGAAGAAAAAUUUAUUUAUAUAUAUAUGUGUGUGUAUAGCAUAUAUACACGUGCAUAUGUUGGAAAAAUUGUUUUUUUAAAUAUAUACACAUAAUGCAAGCUUAGCAUAGCAUCUAUCUCUCUUGCAUAUUAGAUUUAAAGGCUCAGUAGUUAAAGUGUGUUUUAAAAUUGCAGAUUACAUCCCAUCUUUUAACUUAGAAAAUAAAGAGACCGAGAUCUAGUCAGGUUAGCCACAUGCCCAUGUGGUCUUCAGACAGAGGCAGAGCUCAGAUGGGAAUGCAUGUCUCUGAUGCCCUGCCCAUACCUUCCCUGCAAUACUGCCAAGUCUGGAUAAAAGUGGUCUGGGUGUAAGUAAGAAGUAUGAGAAAGACUGGGUGAGUUAUUAGCAAACUCUAGAUUGCAGUCAACUUGAUCACUGUAUGCUAGGCAAUUUUAGGAGUAUGACUUUCUGUCCGUAAAUGGAGGCAGAAUAGAUGAAGAAUAUUAGAAAGAUUAAUUAAGAAUAUGAAUGGUGAAUUAAGAAAAAGUUUGGGACCAGUGAGAUGUGACAUAAUGUCUACUCCCACUUUACCCCUAUUUUAGAGUUAAAAUAUCAGAAGAUUUCAGAGGAAGUAAAGUUUUAUGAAAAUACAAUAUUUGUUAAAUUUAUAAUAUUUUGACCUUGAAGCAUAUUAGCAUACCAUUUCAUCUGUAGAAGUUUGAUUUGGAUCUUGUUACAACUUUCAUUUCACUCUUGAUCAUGUUCAUGCAUUCCUUCUCCUUCUUGAGCAGUAAUAUAGUUUAAUACCUGAUUAAAUGCCUUGUUCACUAAUUCUAUCAUCUAUGUCAUUUAUAUGUCUAUUUAUAUUGAUUGUUUUUUCUCCUCAUGGGAUAUGUUUUCCUGUUUCUUUUCAUGCCUAGUAAUUUUGACCAGAUGACCAACGUUGUGAAUAUGACGAUGUUUGGUAUUGGUUUUUAAAAAAUUCUUUAAAUAUUUCUGGGCCUUGUUCUGGGAAGAAUUAAAGUUACUUGGGCACAGUUUGAUGGGUAAAUCCUGAACAGUGUUUAGUCAAGGGCUAAUUCAGCCACACUAGUGAGGCAUUGCCCUUCUGAGUCCUUGACUCAAUGCCCUGUGAAUUAGCAGGUCAUUUCUAUCCAAGCUCAUGGAAGUAUCAAGUACUCCCAGGCCUAAGCUCCAGAUAUUUCCCACUUAUUCCUUAAUGAUGGUUCUUUCUCUGGCCUCAGUAGUUUUCUUUUUUAUAUGACCAGACCAGUAUUCAACCAAAGACUCAAUUGGACUAUGCCUAUCUCCAGAGCUUGCUCACUUGCCCUUUCUGUGCAUCUACCUCCUUUCUGGUCACCUUGGUGUCCUAGAGCCCUAAACUCUGUCUCCUAAACCAAGCAAGACUGUUGGGCCUGUUUGGGAUCUCCUUUCCCUUGCCGCAUCCAGAAACUCUCUCCAGGCAUUGAACGUUUUACUUAUGUAUAUGGCUGUCCUCAUUUGUCUCCCUUCUCUCAGAUAUUAUUAUGCAGCAUUACCCCUUGUUCAAUGUGUGUCAACAGAUUUAUGACAGAGUGCUAACAUGAUCUAUAUACUGGGUUCUCUGAGCACUGCUUGAACUUCUGUAAGCUCAAGGGCAGUGACUAAGUAAUCAAUCCAUUUGUAAACAUUUAUUGAGAGUUAAUUAUGUAAUAGGAUUUUAUUAAUUAUUGGAAAUACAGAGAUGAAUAAAGUGUGGUCCCGUAGCCUAGUUGAAAAAGCUAGCGUGUACAGACAGUUUUUUACACCGACUGAGAUUAAAAGAUUAUUAUAAUUGGAGAUUAUCCUGAGAGAUCAGAAGGUCUUAGAAACUUUGUGUUUGCAGGAUGUAGCAUGUAACUAGAUCUUGUAUACAGCAUUCAAUAAAUACUUAAGAAUGAAUGAUAGUGUAGCUAAUUUAUAAGCAUAAUCUGCUAAGAAAUGCUUACAGCCUUUUUUCUUAGUUCCCAAGAUAGCUUAAAUAAAUAAGAAUAUGAUGAUGUGUGUUUUAGAGAAAAAUAAUCUGACUUUAGUUUGAACUAUCAUGAAUAUUAUUUAUUGACAAUUCCAAAAAACUUUAAAUGUAACAUUGAUAUCUAAAUUAUAUAGUCUUGUUUUGUUUCCAAUUAUCAUAUCAAACAAUUGAAAAAUACCAAUCCAAUCAAACCUUUAUUUGUAACUGCUGCUCCCUCUUUCUUCUUUUUCUUUUCUUUCUUUUUUUUUUCUUCUUUUUACUUAUUUCUGUUCAUGUUUUGAAAAGCAGGGUCUGCAGAUAGUUAUUUAUAUGUAUGAAUUCACUGGUUCAUUCUAGUGCGAAAUAGGUCAUUCUGGAACAGUGAGAAAUGUGAUUGCUGAAUUUCAAGCAGUUUUUGCUGCUCAGCUGGAGCUGUAGAAAAAGGAAAGGGGUCAGGCCAGCACUUGUUGAAGAUUUCUUGUUGCCAUUGUCCUAGUAAAAGAGACUUGAUGCUGGUGAAUGUGGACUAUUCAAUGUAUUAGGGAGGAGGAAAGGGAGGCUUAGUACCUAGUUUAAUAAUUAUUAUGAUAUUUUAGUUUAACCACUCUUUAGAUGGUUAAUACAAAAAAUCAAAUGCCAUCGUAAUAAAGAUGUGCAGGGCUUUUUCUCCUUAAAAAGAAACUAGGUACAGCAAAUAAUGGCACUGUGAAAAUUUUGAGGCACAAAUUCGCCCUUUUUUUUUUUUGCAUGCUAAUAUACUGAAAAAGAAAGAAAGCUGCAGUAGGAUUGGCAGGUUAUGAUUCUCGUAAAAAAUAACAAAUUUUUAAACAAGAAAAUAAAGAAUACUUUGAAAAAAUUGUACAUUACUCAGCAUCGAAAAAUGGAAAUCAUUUAAUCUUGUGCCUUCUUUUCCUCUGUGGAAACUAGGGUUCUAAAUAGGAAACUACUUUCAAAUGGUAAACUGUUUACAAAUUUGAUAAAAAGAGCCCAUUAAUUAAAAUCUGAUUCCCACAUUUAAGUGACAAUUUUCUUUAUGAAUACAUGCAUUAAUUCAUAGGUUUUUCUGUUUUGUAUGACAUAGCUGUGAUGUACCGCAAUUAUUUCCAUUAAUAUCUAGUUAAGAAAUUUCAGAAAUUCUAUAUUUAGAAAUAUGUACUUUAGUCUAUUUCAGUUGUUAAUGUAAAUAAAUAGACUAUAUUACUGAUGAAUUUCUUUCAAAUUAAACUUGAAGAGAGGAUAUUAUAAGAGAUUAAUUCAAAAUUAUGCUCAGGUUCUGCUUGGGUGUUCUUGAACCCAGUAAACCACUGGAUUUUAAAACAAGUGAGUGAGAAUGAGUACUGACAGAACAGUGAGAGUUUUGCUUGGCUGGCCAAGGAGCAGGUGUGAGCUACGGGCACACCCUUCCCAUUUAGAAGCUGUGUGGUACCAAUAGGCUAUGAUCUUAAUCACUUAUUUACCUGUAACCUAGAAGAGAAUGAAGGUAUCUGACUCAGUCAUAUGGCAGACUUUUAAAUGGAAAUAUUCAUUAUAAGGAAAAGGAAUUCUUUCUCUGAUUUUAAUAGAAUGGAAGUGUUCUCUCCCUCAACCCCAUGACCCCACGUUCUGUGGACUGAAUGAAUUUGAUGUUUGAAAAGUGGUUCAGAUAAAAUGUAGUAUUGUGAUCAAAGAUGUCUCAGAACAUCUUAAUCAUGUAUUGCUCUUGUAUUGAUAUACAUUGUUUACAUUGAGCUAAUGCAAUAAUGUAAUUAAAGAUUCCCAUAGUACAGUAUGGGAAUCUGGGAGUGGGGCACUAACUGGUAUUCCAUUCUGUGGGGGAAAGAAAUUUCUCUUCUUAUCCCUUACUAGGUUCAUGGCUCAGACCCCUAUAACAAGACAGAUUAUCAAGAAAAAAAACAUACAAAUGUAUUUAAAUAUAAGUUUUAUGUGACAUAGGGGCUUUCAUAAGGAAAUUAAAACCUAAAGAAACAGGUAAACCUGUAUAUUUUUUAUGCUAGGUUUGAUGAAAAAGUCAGUCAAUACAGAGAAGUGUGAUUGGACAAAAGGGUUAUGAUCUAAUGGUAAUAAACUGGGAAGAACUUACCAAGUCUUGUCUGUUGAGAUUCUUCUCUGUGUCCCUGUAUCAUCAGACAUGAGGAUGUUCCUUUCUUAUGGAUAUAGAAUGGGCACCUCUCACAUGAAAGUCUUAUGACCUGCUUCAGGGGAAGGUCAGAAAAAGGAUGUGGGGAAGGUGAGAGUGACCUUCCUCCUUCUGCUAUUUUCUCAAAUGCCAAGGUACCAUAUUUUGGGGAAGUGGGUCCUGACCCUCAUCAGUUCUCUCCAUUACUCUUUGUCCUUCCUUUUGUAAAUCUCAGGUAUUUCCCUUACUGUUCUCCUUUUUACUUUCCCAAUAGGUCUUUGAAAGUGUGAGUCUUGGCUGGGCGCAGUGGCUCAUGCCUGUAAUCCCAGCACUUUGGGAGGCCGAGGUGGGUGGAUCACCUGAGGUCAGGAGUUCGAGACCAGCCUGACCAACAUGGAGAACCCCAUCUGUACUAAAAAAUAUGAAAUUAGCUGGGCGUGAUGGUGCAUGCCUGUAAUCCCAGCUACUCAGGAGGCUGAGGCAGGAGAAUCGCUUGAACCCGGGAGGCGGAGGUUGCGGUGAGCCGAGAUCACACCAUUGCACUCCAACCUGGGCAACAAGAGCGAAACUCUGUCUCAAAAAAAAAACAAAAAAAACAAAGUGUGAGUCUUUGGCCCACUGGGGAAACAUAUAAUGGGGGUGCUUUUCCUAACUUGCCUUGUUUUAAGUAAGGACGCAGAUCCAGGAUUUCUAAGGAGUGUUCUACUUAGUGAUGAAAAAAUUGGAGAGGAUAACAAAGUAUUUUUUUACAGUAGAAAACUAAAGGAAAAAUUAAGAAAUCUUUAGUAAUUGUUACCCAUGUCUUUAUUUAAAUAUGUAGAUCUAUCCUAACAUGAUUAUUCUUAGACAUAACAACUUCAUUCAUUCAUGAAUCUAUCAAACCUUUAAACAUGCUAGAUAUGCACCCCUAAGUGCCCCAAAUUGACUCCUAUAUCUAAAGAGCUCAUGAUACUUUAUAGUUUUCUAGACACUUUCAUUAAGGUUCAUCUGAUUGUUUAUCUACUUUUUUAACAAAUACUGUUGAUUUCCCUAUUGUUAGCACUGGAGUUACAGCAGUGAAUAAAAUAAAACUACACUGUCUUUGUGGGGUUAUAUUCCAGCAGGAAAUGGAUAAUGGACAAGUAGAAAUAUUCUUUACAUCACAUAGUUGGUAAGAAAAGUAGAAGAGAUUAAAUGGAUGUAGAAGGUGGGGUAUAUGUUUGCAGUUUGAAAUACAGCUCAUGGAGGAGCUAUCACUGAAGGAGAAACUUAAGUAAAAUCAAGGAGUAAGCCACAUGGAUAAAUGAGUAAACAGUACGUACAAAGUCCUUGAAGCAGAAACACACUAGUGUGUUUGAGAAACAGAACGGAGGGCAGUAUAGCCAGACCAAAUCAGAGAAGGAAGGAAAGGUAGCAAAUAAGGUUGGGGUGCGAGCCAACAGGCAGAUUAUAUUGGGCCUUAAUAGGUCAUGCAAAGGGGUCUGGAUUUUAUUCUAGGUGCAAUGGAAAGCCAUUGGAAGAUUUUGAACAGAAUGAGAAUGAGGUUUCUCUUUUCUUUUUCUUUUUUCUUUUUUUUUUUGAGACAGAGUCUUGCUGUGUUGCCCAGGCUGGAGUGCAGUGGCGCCAUCUCGGCUCACUGCAAGCUCUGCCUCCCGGGUUCAUGCCGUUCUCCUGCCUCAGCCUCCUGAGUAGCUGGGACUACAGGUGCCCGCCACCAUGCCUGGCUAAUUUUUUGUAUUUUUAGUAGAGAUGGGGUUUCACCGUGUUAGCCAGGAUGAUCUCAAUCUCCUGCCCUCGUGAUCUGCCCGCCUUGGCCUCCCAAAGUGCUGGGAUUACAGGCUUGAGGCACCGUGCCUGGCUGAGAUUUCUCUUAAAGGAAUCUAACAAAGUGAAAUUGUCAAGCCUCAAAGGAAAGUGAAUUAUAAAUUAAUGACUGAUCAUGUAGACACUUUGCUUAACAGUUAAAAAGCAUUUGUGUCGUUAUUUCAUCUAAUUAACAGAAAACACCAAAAUAAUAUACUUUUCGUAGUUGUAUUUAAAAUUCAGAGGUUUUCACUUUGGGAAGCCAAGGUGGGCGGAUCACCUGAGGUCGGGAGUUCGAGACCAGCCUGACCAACAUGGAGAAACUCUGUCUCUACUAAAAAUACAAAACUUAGCCAGGCGUGGUGGCACAUGCCUGUAAUCCCAGCUACUCGGGAGGCUGAGGCAGGAGAAUCGCUUGAACCCAGGAGUUGGAGGUUGCAGUGAGCUGAGAUCUCACCACUGCACUCCAGCCUGGGUGACAGAGUGAGACUCUGUCUCAAAAAAAUAAAUAAAAUUAAGUUCAGAGAUUUUUAAGGAGGAAAUUUUACAUGAUUGAUUUUUAUAAUAUUUUCCAUUUUUCUUGUUUUCUGAGCAUUUCCUUUAAUUUUUUUCACCUCUUUAAAAAAUAACUUGAGAUGUAAUUUACAUACCACAAAAUUCACCCAUUUAAGGUGUACUAUUCCAUGGUUUUAGUGUAUUCACAGUGGUUUAGUAUAUUCAUAUUUAGUAUAUUCACAGUUUACUGUAUUCACUAUUGCUACUAUCUAAUUUCAGUAAAUUUUCAUCAGUCCCAAAAGAAAUUCUGUAACCCAUAGCAUCACUCCUGAUUUAUUCCUUUUCCUCAGCCCUUGGCAACUACCAAUCUACUUUUUGUCUCUAUGGAUUUGCCUAUUCUGGACAUUUCAUAUAAGUGGAAUACUGUAAUAUAAUAUGUACCCUUUUAUGUUUGGCUUUUUUCAUGUAAUACAAUGUUUUCAGUGUUCUUCCAUGUUGUAGCACGUAUUCACUUUCAAACUUUCUUUUUAUUUCCAAAUAAUAUUCCAUUGUACUGAUACACCACAUCUGUUCAUUAGUUGAUAGACAUUCUGGUUGUUUCUACUUUUUUGCUAUUGUGAAUAUUUGUAUAUACAUUUUGGUGUGGACAUAUGUUUCCAUUUCUCUUGGAUAUAUACCUAGGAGUAGAAUGGCUGGGACGUAUGGCAACUUUACAUUUAAUAUUCUGAGGAACUCCCAGACUCCCUUCCAGAGUGGUUGCACCAUUUUAUAAUCCUGCUAGCAGAAUUUAAGAGUCUAAUUUCUACACAUUCUUGCCAACACUUGUUAUUAUCUGUCUUUUCAAUUUUAUUUUCAUUAAUGUUCACAUUUAGAGGAACUAGAAACCUGUCCUGCUUGCUUGUUCUACAUGCUCAAUUUUUCCCUGCUAUAGACUGUGGUGGAGAUGGUACCUCUGGUAUAGUAGAAAGAGCCCUAAACUUAGAAGAAUUGGUGUGAGUCCCAGUUUAGCACUUACUGCUUGAAUGACCUUGAAUAAAUCAUUCUCUUCUGUUAGCUUCAGUUUCCCCCUAUUUAAAAUAGGAUUAACCCUUGCUUUCCGGCGAUGAUCCAGUAAAGCAAUAUGUAAAAUAUAUUAGAAGAUCAGAUUCUUCCUCCUGUUCCUUUUCAGUCUCCCUCCGUUUUACUCUCUCUUUGAUGCAUAUUUCUUAAGUAAAUAAAUAAGGAGAGAUAUUAAAUAAUUUUGCCUUAAUGGCCUUUCCCUAAUAAGAUAUAAACCCUAAACACGUUUUAAAUUUCCUUUCUGUCUUUGUAAUGGGUAGUUAAUGUUAAAGUUAGUUGUAUCAGCAGAAAAGUUGAAAGCAAAAGCAAAGUUUGUCUUCUGGUCUGUUCCAUUUGGGAGGAAUUUUAUAAUUUGUCUAGGAUAAUAAAUGAAGUAGAUAAUCGACAUACAUGGAUAAUUAAGAGAUGACUAUAUGGCUCUUUUUCUUUUCUAGUAUUUAAAUUGUUUUUCCAUAGUUUUCUUAUUUAUUCUUAUAACUUGAGUAUGUAUCCAAAGAAAGCUGUGUUUUCUCCUUUACCUUCUUUUCAGAUAAAGGCAACUUUGAGAACAUAUGCAAGAUCUAAUAUCUUCAAAACAGCAUGUGGCCAAAGCCUUCACUGGUUUACAGCAGCCAGACUUUUCUGCCACAGUUUUGCCUGAAUCACCUUUUGAAGUCAAAUUGACACAAUUACAAUCUUUCACAAGUGCCAUCAACUUUCUUUCCAUUGUGUUUUUCCCUCUUUGUGCCACUGGCCUGGCCCAUUAUUCUUGUCCAGCCCCCAAGGUCCACGUCAGUUGCGCCUUCUCCAAGAAGCCUUCUCUUCUCUUUCUUCAUUCAUUAGAAUCCUUUUUAUUUACUGCUAUUUUUUGAUACAAAAAGCAAUUCAUACAUUAAAAAAAUCAGGGCCAGGUGUGGUGGCUUACGCCUGUAAUCCCAGCACUUCGGGAGGCCGAGGUGGGCAGAUCACAAGGUCAGGAGAUCCAGACCAUCCUGGCUAACACGGUGAAACCCUGUCCCUACUAAAAAUACAAAAAAUUAGCUGGGCAUCGUGGCGGGCACCUGUAGUCCCAGCUACUCAGGAGGCUGAGGCAGGAGAAUGGCAUGAACCCGGGAGGUGGGGGUUGCAGUGAGCCGAGAUGGCACCACUGCACUCCAAGCCUGGGCAACAGAGCGAGACUCCAUCUCAAAAAAACAAAACAAAACAAAACAAAAAACAUAAUUGUGUACUCCCCAAAGUACUCUAUGUGUAACCUUCCAGUCUUUUAAAAUAUAUAUCCAAAUACAUUUUUGACAAAAUGAGAAUAUCCCAUAUAUGUUGUUGUGCACUUGCUUUGUCACAAAACUGUGGAUCAUCUAUUGCACUCACUGAAUGACUCACUUUUUAUUUGUUUUUAUUUAAUGUUUUUAUGUGGAUUAGUCUUACUCGUCCAAUUAAAAUAAGACACAUCUUGGAGGACAGAGACUAUAUCUUAACUCUUAAACUUUUGUUCUUCUCCAUCAGGAAGGCACAGAGCUCUGCUCUGUAGGAGGUACUCAAUAAGUGUUGUUGGUUAAAUUGGACAUUUUGAGCCUAUACUUAGUGUGAUGUUCUAUAAAUUCAAGAGAAGUCUUAGAGGAUUGACUUCUUUAUUUUCACUAUAGGUAAUCUUUCUAAUGAAAAUAACAUUUAGAAGUACAAUUGCAUGUAAAAUUAAUAUUUGUUUGCAGGGCUGGGCACGGUGGCUCAUGCCUGUAAUCCCAGCACUUUGGGAGGCCAAGGCAGGCAGAUCACCUGAGGUCAGGAGUUCGAGACCAGCCUGGCCAACAUGGUGAAACCCUGUUUCUACUAAAAGUACAAAAAAUUAUCCAGGCGUGGGUGUGCAUGCCUGUAAUCCCUGCUACUCGGGAGGCUGAGGCAGGAGAAUUGCUUGAACCCAGGAGGUGGAGGUUGCAGUGAGCCAAGAUCGCGCCACUGCACUCUAGCUUGGGCAACAAGAGUGAAGCUGCAUCUCAAAAAACAACAACAACAACAACAACAAAAUUGGUUGCAGAAAGAAUAAAAUUGAUGUCAGAAAUUUGAGAAGACCCAGCAUAAGGCAUACUGUCUGGCACAAUUUACUUUGUAAAAUGAGGGAAAAGGAUAGCGGGUAGAGGGGAAUAAAAAGGGUAAAUCAACAAAAAGUUUAACAGUGACUUGGUUGGGGACUGAGAGAAACGGUAAAUGAAGGGAGACUUUUUGAGAAGUCAAAUACAUGUAGUCAAUACAAAAACUACGGAAGAGACCUUUUAUCCUUUUAACUAUAAUAAAAGCCCUACUGGCUUCCCAAAAUACCUAUUCCAUCAAGGAAAAAGAUAAGCUUUGUGUGUAAAUGAAAGAGAAUAUCUCUUCUUUGUCCUGAAACAGUUGAAAAAUAAAAAGUUUUACUACAGGGGUAUGAGAUUGCCUGAAAAAUACAUGACAUAAAAGCUAAAAAUUAAUCUUUUGACAUAUAUUUGUUUACUUUUGAUUCUCACAAAGACUGUUUCAUUUUUUCCUAAAUUAGAUUAAUAGUAUUUUAUACUAAAGGUUCACAUUGACGAUAGCAGCGAUAGGAUCCACUGACCAAAAGAUUAUUUUUAACAGUAGCAAAUAAAUGUAUUGUUUUUGAAAGAGGCAAUGGUCUGACUUUGUGAAUUUUCUAAUGAAUGCUAUUUGAAUGUUAAAGUUCUUUAUGCCACUGGAAAGCAGAAUGGCUGCAGCUUAAAACCAUAAGCUGCAGGAAGUUUCCUGAACUUUUAGAAAUUGCAUUACUGAAUACAGGUUACCUUUUGCAUAAUUGUAUAAAGCUGAUGAAAUGGGUCUCUUUUGCUCUGAUUGCUUUCCAAAUUCUACCCAAGUGAAUUCACAGCUGAUGGUUUUAAGCAGAGCAAAGACAGAUUAACUGGCUCACAUAAAAUAAAACCUUUAGAGACAGAAAAAUGGAAUAGUCCUAAAGCUUCACAAGAUGUUAUACAUAUUUUCAAAGUACCCAGUAAUUCUUAUGGCAAAUAUCAUCCCCCACUCUGAUUAGCUUCACUGUGAUGUUUAUAACAUAUUUUACCUUGUGCUGUUAGUUGAUGUUAUAUCUUUUAGUUUGUCUACUAUGCUUUACAGUGUUUAGAAUAAUAAAUGUUAUUGGCAGAAAAAAAUGCCAUGAGAAAAUUGCUUUGUCUUAAGAUUUCUCUAUCUUAUAAGAUAUAUUAUUUAUAUAUUUAUUCUGCCAGGAAUUCUUUAGAUGGUUAAACAUUAAUGACACACAUGGAGGCAUUAUUUCUGAGUGUGUGUUUGCAGAAGUAUCUUUUCAUGAAGGUUUUUGUCUUGCAUUGAUUUUGUACUGUAUAUCUACACACACCAUUGUGCAAUGGUGAACUUAAAUGAAAGCAAAACAAAAGAGAAGCCAAAAGUAACACAGUUGCUGUGGUCUGGAGCCCUUCUGACCAACAGAGUAGCCUAAGCUAAAAUGGAGAUACCCCACCCCACCGCUACACACACUUUAAAUGCAAUAAUGUAGGCAUUAUUUUCAUUGUGUAAAUAAGGAAUCGGUAUCUCACAAAGGUUUAAGCAAUUUGCCGAGAUCUCAGUUAGUGGUGAAAUCAGAAUUAAAAUUCAGGUCUGUCUGAUUGGAACCAUGAAUUUGGCUACCUUCCAAACUCAUGGUUUGGCUACCUCAGUUCUAAAAAUAUGAUAGACAAAGUCAUUUUUAGUAAAAGAAAAUUAAAAUUUGUAAUAAGUUGUAUUCUUAAUUUGAUACUGAAAACAGAUACGGAACUGAAGAUUUUAGCAUUUAAAAAUAGUGCUAAGUGACUUCUGAGUUUUUGUUUUGGGACCAGGCUCUCCUGUGCCCUCUGUAUCUCUCCAGAUUCAGACUCCAUGAAUCUCUCUCUUUGGAGACAGAAACACUUUAAUUGCCAUCUCUCUCUCAGAGCUGUAUUUAAUCCUUCUUUCUUGGGGCAGAGUACAAGCUGCCGAAACGAAUUCAGCUCGUCUCACUUGGGCCCCAGCCACUUAAAUUCCCUGCCGCACCAAUUGCCCUAGUCCUGGAGUGCAGCCACCCUGGGAACCUGUGAACCCAUUCACACAGGUCUCUGUCAAAUGUGCCACUUUCUCAAGGAGUUUUUUGCUUCUGUGAUGUCUACUUUGAACUUUUUGCAAAGUAUAUCCUUAGCAUUUCUCCCAAACUUAAGUGGCAUGCCCUGUACAGUCAAUUCUGUAUUUUUAGUAGCUUUGAAACAUUUUUGUUAGUUAAAAUAAAAGCCACAGAUUAGUGUAGGUGGUAAUUAAAAGUUGGUACUUUUUGUCCAAUACUUUUCCCUGCCCAUGCACUAUUGAGAAGCGUGGGAGACGAUUGCUUGGGAAAUUACUAUCACAAAGUAUAUUUUAAAAUGGCUAAUUAUAAACAUUUUCUCCUCUUUUUGUAUCUCUUAGUGUUGAAAUAAGGCACAGAGGUAACUCAAUUUAGUUCAAAAGCCAUUUUCUAAAUGAGAGGAAUUAGCUGAGAACUGUUACAUUAAUAGACAUUGCCAGUGGCUGUAUUCUGCAUACAAAACACUUGUUCAUGUUUUCCUCGACCUCCUUUGAUUGGGCCCAGCACUAAGUUUAUACUGAAUGGGCUCAGUCUGGUCUUUGGCAAGCAUCAGGGAGUAAUGAAUAGUGGAACAUCGAAAGGCUUAAAUGUCCUGGCACAGGCCCUGUGUCAGUAUGAUGAGCUAACCAUGGCAUUGUUCAAUGAGAAGGCCCUGUGUUCCUUUGGAAAUAAAAUCUUGGCUUGUGGACAGAGGUCUAUGUACACACAUUGAAUUUCUCUGUCUUCCUGCUAUGCUAUUCCAUUCAUAAUUAAACUUUGAAAGCAAAGCUCUGAAGAGGUUCUUCAAUGCCUCUCCUCUGAGUAUGCCCAGAAACAAGUGGCUGAUGUAAAAAUGGCAUAGCUCUACUCUUUUAUUUGGGAGCUCUCUGAAAUUUAAGUCCAAAGACUUGAAGAGCAAACUCUUUAAGCUGGACAGCAGUGUAGACAUUCACUGUUUCUCCCCUCAAAAGGUCUUCCCUCUGAAAGCUGUGGUAAUCACAAUUUUUUUUUGCUGCAGAAUUUCUGAUGUUCUGAUCUUUUUUGUUUACAGCUCCAUCUGUAUUUGUAGUGAAAUGUCUAAAUUUGUCUCACUACAUCUCAAUUCCAGGAAUGAAUUGAUCUUCUUAUGAGCAGUUCCCCCUUGAAAGCAAAGAAAAGGAGGAAAACUAAACUCUAGAGAUCAUUAAAGCUAUGACAUUAUAACUUGCCUUUUCUAAUUUUUACUCUUAAAAACAGAACAAAAAUUUUAUAGUCAGAGUCUGCCAGAAAGUACCUGAAGAAGCCAGGAAUAUUUGGGUAAUAGAAACAUAUGCUGUUGAUAUUGUAAAUUAUCAAGAAGAGUCUCCUAGGAGUUCUUCUAAAGCAUAUUUUAAUUCUGUGUUAUAAAACCAGCCUCCUGGUAGGGUAUAAAGAGUUAAAUAAAAUGAUCAAGAACCUACAUUAUGCAAGUAUUUAAAAUCUGAAGAUCUUUUAGAAAUACAUGUUGAAAUACUUACAUAAUAACAACAUAAUUUUUGGGAUUUGCUUAGAAACAGUUUGAUGUAAGGAUAAAUAGGUCAGCAUGUAAAGGAAAUAAGAUUAGCCAUGAAUUCAUUGUUGACCUGGGUGAUGCAUACAUGCACAUUCUUAUACCAUUCCCUCUACUUUUUAGAUGUUGGAAAUUUUUUAUAAUUAAAAGUUAAAAACUUUUUUUCUGAUGGUUCAGAAUGAUGGUUUCAUAGGAUGAAAUGUUUUCUUGUUAAAGAAACAGAGUCCAAAGAUCUAAGGUACUUUAGAAUCUUUAAAAAUUUGUAUGCUAUGCAAAUAAUACAAUUGUAAAUAAUCUAUUUUUACUCCAGUGAUUGCAUUUAGAAUGCUAGCUGUGAAUGUGGAUAUAAAACUCAUACUAUAAAUAGUAUGAUACCUGAAAUGCUUAGGUCAUUGAGAUAAUUGGGAUAGUUUAAUUUCUAAUAUAGGUUAUUCACAGGCAAACAAUGCUAAAAACAUUACUAUAUUGGAAUACAUAGCAGUAAACCCACACCAGACAACCUAAUUUCUGUGAAAAGAUCAAGAGAAUGGUUGGAUUCUUAUGGUUAUGAUUUAUCAUACCAUUGUGGUGUUGGAAACAUUUUGAUUAAUAAAGUGUCAGUUAAGAGAAUGAAAGAUGAAGCAGGAGUUAAGAAUAUGCCAUCCUCAAACAUGCCAUUCUGGCAUAUUAACUAUUUUGAGGUAAAGGCACUUGAUAAACAGCAGGGGCAAGAAGAUCACUCUGACCUUCCUUCUGUUUUGUAAAAGCAGUGGAUGAAAUUUCCAUGUGAAAUAUGUCCUCCCUCCCUAUACCAGAAGGAAAGUAUCAUUCAUAUCUAGGAUGGUAAGUUGAGGCCAAGGAAAAUCUGUACAAACAUGAACCUUCAUCUUCCUAGUCCCUUCUCUACCCAAAACACUCUAGCCCCAAGCCUCUUUGCCUUGUCACAUUUUCACAGUUUACUGCUUUUUGUCUGAUUUUUUCUAAUCUUUUGUCUAUAAAUCAAUACCUAAGUGUUCAACUCUAACUGCGUCUUUGGGUCUUCAUUUUCCUAUGAAGUCUCCUGUGCCAUGUAAAACUUAUAUUAAAUUAAUUUGUUUGCUUUUCUCUUUUUGAUCUGUCUUUGGUUAGUUUAAUUCUCAGGCCUAGCCUAAGAAAACUAAGAGGAUAGAGGCAAAAUACUGCCCCCCUACAAUGUUCUAUGUACCCAGUAUCACAUUAUCAGCUAUUUUAUACUUCUUCUUUGGCUUAGUUCAACCAUUAAUCAACUAUAUUAAAGUUCAGGUUUUUAAAAAAAAAUGUAGUUAUAUUAUUGCUUAGUUGGGGGAUGGGCAUAUCUUGGUGGAUUCCCACUGGAAAAGCUUUACUCUAAUGAGGCCAUUAAUGUUAGUAUUCUAGGCAAUGGGAAUAUAAAGUAGUUGCUGGUAACUAUUGAGUAAGCAGGAUGAGUCUUUAAUGACUCUGCUCUUAUCCAUUGCUACUUUUAGUAUUUUCUUGAAUAUAGCAAUUCAGAGCCUAAGUAACUGAUCUUAUAUUCUCUGAAGAAUGCUACAUACUAGCUAAGAAGUUAUUAGUGAUGAUAAACAUGAUAUCAACAUGUAAACAUGAUAUAUUCAUGUUUACAGUCAUUUACUUCUGCCAUAUGAAAACGUUUAAAGUAUAUAUAUUUUUUUCAGCUUGGAAAGUUUGAUGGCAUUCCAUUUGAGAAUUUUUUUUUUUUUUUUUUUUUU